GUCUCGUUAAAUGUAGUAUAUUCAAAUGUAAUAUCAAAUAAUUUUAUAAAUAUUGAUACAUUACAUAUAAAUGUUUGAAAUUAUUUAAUAAUGUAAAUAAUAUAUAAAAUAUAUGUUUAUAAUGUAUUUUAUAUGUAUAUAAAAAUUUAAAAUAAACAUUUAUUUCAUCUAUUUCAAUGUUAAGUUAAUAUAACUAUGUUUCAAAUCAUCAAUUAAAAGAGCACUUUUAAAAAAUUCUUUUUUUAAUCAUUAAAAUCAUCUGGAUUUAGUUAAAAAUAAAAACAUAAAAUACUAUGAGUGUAAAUGAAAGUAAAAGAAUUGAGACAAUUUUAAAUGAUAGAAGUAGUUUCUGUCAUCGACAAAGUUCAUUAAAAGUUAAUUUAAGUUGUGUUCCAAAUUUAUCAGAUUCUGGCAAUGAUUCACUUGAACAAAUAGAUUUUAGUCAUGAUGUGGAUAAUAUUCUUUCUUAUGGUAUUCCUUUAAAAAAUGUUAAUAUACAUGACAGUUAUGCAUGCCAACUUUCAUGUGAAAAUUUUAAAGUGAUAGAAAAUAAUAAAAACAUAAAUCUAGUUGAAACGGAUGAAUUAAAUACAAUGCAAACUUUCUUAAAUGUCAAUACAUCUAUUGAUCAAAUAAAUAAUAAUAAUAAAUAUAAAAAUAAAUCUAAACAAAAAGAUUCUGAAAAUAAAAAAAGUUUUGAAAAUGAACAAAAAGAUACACAUGCAUUAAAUUUUAAAGCAACUCAAGAUAGUAUGAAUACCGUUUGUACUUCAUUACAAAUGAAUACAUCACUAGAUACUUCAAAGAGAUUACAAAAAAAUAACAAUGCAACUGAUGAUAUAAAUUUAAUUAAAAAACAAAAAAAUACUUAUAACUUACAAAAUACAAAAAAUAAUAGUUUUGAUAUGCAAAAAACUAAUAAUUAUAAAAUACCUCAUCGAAAUGAUGUAAUUCUACAGAAAAUUCAUAAUUGUGGUAAUAUAAAUAAUUCAAUCAUUUUGCAUAAUUCAUCUUGUAAAAUGUCGCAUAUUGACUCAAAAACAUCUAUAAUCAUUAAAGAAUCAACUGAUGAAAGUAAAACAGAAACAAAUCAAAAUAUGAAAUAUUCAAUAACAUCAAAUAAUAAAAGAAAAUGUAAAAAAAAAUUAUUACCUUUGCAUGAAUCUUCACAAUUAUUAUCAUUCUCUCCUGUACAGAAUGAAGAAUAUUCAUCUCCUCCAUUUUUAAUAUUUAGAAAAAAACAUAAAAAAAAUAAAAAUGAAGUUAAAAAGAUAGUUAAUGAAAAUAACACAGAAAUUGUUAAAAAAAAAAAAAAAAAUUAUGAUGGUAAAACACAAAAAAAAACAAAGAAAAUAGUUAGUAAAAAAAUUAUUAUUAAAAAAAUUAUUAAUGAAGAUAUUUUAAAAAAAUUAAGAGAAAAUAAAGAAAAUGUUAAUAAAUUAGAAACAACACAUAUUUAUACUUUAGAAAGAAAUUUAUCAGAUGAUUUUCAACCUACAAAAACAUCAUCUGUUGUUCAAUUUGCAAAGAAAAAACAAAUGCACAAAUUGAAUAUUGUUACAACUGGUUUGUCUAAUGAAAAUAAAGAUAUAGUAAAAAGUGUUGUUAGAACUCUUGGUUCAGCAAAAAUUGAAUUAAAAGUUACAAAAAAUACAACACAUGUAGUAACUACAGGUGUACGUACAAUAAAUCUGUUACAUGGUAUUAUAAGAGGCUGUUGGUUAGUUAGUUUUGAAUGGAUCUUAAAAUCUUUAGAAAACAAUGCAUGGCUAAAUCCAGAAAAAUAUGAAAUGACACAUUUUUCAAAAGCAGUUUUGGAAAAUCGUAAAGAUAGGCAACUAUUUGGAAAAUCCUAUAUUCCAGAAUUAUUUACUGCUUGUGGAUGCAUAUAUGUUGAAAAAAAUACAACACCACCUUAUAAUAUAUUAAAAGAUCUCAUAAAAGCUGCUGGUGGUUGUAUUACUGAAAAUCCAGAAACAGCAAAAAUUAUAAUUGGUGUUAAAGGUUUAAAAGAAACUUGGAUUUUAGAUUGUAUCACAUCAGGUGAAUUACAACCUUAUAAUCAAUAUCAACGAUUAUAAAUAUUAAUUUAAAUAUUAUAUUUUUAAAAUAAUGGAUAUCAAAAGCAAAUAUUAAUUGAAACAUAUAAAUAUAUGUAUGAAUUUAUAUAUCAUAUAUAUAAAUAAAAAGAAAUCAAUUGUAAAUAUAAAUAUAUUAUGAUGUAUAUUUAAUAAAUAUAUAUAUAUGAUAUAUGUAUGAUAAUGUCUAAAAAUAUAUAUUAAACAGAA